AUGACAACAACUUCAGAUUCUCUACCAUUAGCGGAACGUCGCACUACGUGGCUCUUUAUCCAUACGUUGCUAUGGAAGAAUUGGCUGCUGAAGCGACGUCACCCUGUCGCCACGUUUAUGGAAAUUGCACUGCCCUGUCUCUUUAUUCUUGUAAUGAGUUUAUUAAAGACACUUGUGGAUGACGUAAACGUACCGGCAGGUUGGAGUGAUGACGAGAGUGUCAGAGGAGACGGUAGUCAGGGGACCUCUUAUAAUUUAUAUCAGACAUCGGGUACAUUUGUAGCUGGUAUUCCUGGUAUUUUACCCAAAUUUACCAUGCAUGAAACGUCCAUUUGGGGUAUUCUGUUAUAUUUGGGUACUUUAUCCAUUAUGGAUGGAUCAAGAUUGGAUGAAUUAUCGUCAUUGGAUGUAUUAAAUUGUACAAUGGGUGUCACUACCCGAGGAUUAGUGGAUAGUGAUCCCAAUUCCAAGUAUGCGGUACCCAUUUCUUGUGCUGGAAAAGUGAUUCCAUACAAAAUUGCAAUAGCGCCGGAUAAUGCCUUCACGAGGGACUAUUUUAUGCAGACAAUGGAAUUAUGGUAUCCUCGAAUAGCUCUUCAAAAUACGUCCACAUCACCCAUUAUUCCGUCUUUGAUGGAAAGUAUUCAAUUUUUUGAUACGGAAAAAGCAUUGGAAGACUAUAUCAGUGGCAAUGAUUACGCAUCGAGUCUGGAAAAUCCACAUAUUUACGGUGGCAUUGUGUUUAAUUCGUACCCAACUGACGAUAAAAUUGGAUCCUUUCAGGAUAUUGAGUACACGGUGCGACUCAAUUCAACAGCUGGUCAGAAUAAUGCUAUUGGAGGUGUACCCAGUACCAAUGGAAAUCCGUCUCCGGUAUCACCUUUUCAAAAGUCAAUUAAUACUGAUUACUAUACAAUGUAUACGAUUACAGGGUUUAUGACAUUACAGACAUUGGUUACAAGAUUUGUUACGUGUAUGCCCGAUUGGGAUGAUACAACGAUGAAAACAACGGGAAAGUGUCAAAAUCCACAAACCACAGCCGAAUCAUCAACGGAAAUUAAUGACGUAUUGUUGUCGUCAUUGGAUAAUGAUGUUCUGAUGCAAUCGGCUGUUGAAAAUAUUGCUGGAUCGGAUGUCACGUUUUCAGAGUUGACGGCAUUAUUUUCGAACAAGACAUUGGAAGCAUUUUUAAAACCAUUGCGACAAGCUCCACAGCCGUAUCUUGGAGCUUCGGUUGCACCAUUUCCGAUCGAGGCUUACGUUGAUUCUCCAUUCUAUGACCAAGUAGCAGACAUGUUUGCAGUUGUGUUUAUUUUGUCGUAUUUGUACUUGAUUUCACGCAUUUUGGUCGUCCUGAUUCAAGAAAAAGAGCUGCGAUUGCGCGAAUACAUGAAAAUAUUGGGCGUGAAGGAGACGGCAAUUGUUGUAUCUUGGUACAUAACGUACAUUUUGAUCCUGUUUAUGGGCUCCAUUCUGCAGGCGCUCACGGGUAACGUUGGCCUCUUUUCGAACAGCUCUGUGGUGUUGGUCUUUCUCUUCUUUUUCCUGUUUAGUUUAAGUGUGCUGGCGUUCGGGUUUAUGAUCAGCACGAUCUUUAGUAAAGCACGUGCUGGAUCAUUCGUUGGCAUGGUGCUUUUCUUUCUCAUGUACUUUGUGUCGACGGCAUUUAAAACGGAAACUGCUGAGAGCCAGAAGACAGUGGGCUGUCUUCUUUCCCCAGUAGCACUCACACUGGGUAUCACAGUCAUGUCGAACUUGGAGGCUACUGGAAUCGGCGUUACCUUUUCGAAUGCCAAUGUUUUGAAUAAAAACUUUCGCUUCAGUACAUCGUUGCUGAUGUUUGUUGUCGACGCGGUCCUGUACACACUGCUGGGGCUCUACUUUGAAAAGGUUAUUCCAAAGGAGCAUGGCACCACGUUGAAGUGGUAUUUUCCGGUGUCUCCCUCGUACUGGAGGAACCGUCGACAAUCUAGUAAGCCAUUGGAUGCUGAACUUCCCUCCGAAGCUUUGCUUGAUAAUGUCUCUGUGGAUGUGAAUCUCGACUUUGAGCCGGUGAACACGGAGCUUCGUGAUCAAGAACGGCAGGGUGAAGUGUUGGCGGUUCAGCGGUUACGUAAGGUCUUCUCCGUUCCUGGUGGUGAAAAGGUGGCAGUCCAAGGACUUGACCUGACCAUGUACAAGAAUCAGAUUACGUGCCUGCUGGGACACAAUGGAGCUGGCAAAACGACCCUUAUCUCUAUGUUGACUGGUAUGAUUGCCCCUACUAGCGGAGAUGCUACUUUCCGUGGCUUGUCUAUUACAGAGAAUAUGGACGAGAUCCGUGAGUCUCUGGGUCUUUGUUUUCAACAUGACGUGCUCUUCGAAGAGCUGACUGUGGAGGAACACUUGUUCUUUUUUGGGCGUAUUAAGGGUUACACAAAAGCAGAAUUGGAGUCUGUCAUUACCCGGCAGAUCCGUGAGGUCGGACUGACUGAAAAACGUCACGUGAAAUUAACUGAGCUUUCUGGUGGAAUGAAGCGAAAACUGUCCGUUGCUGUGUCUCUACUUGGUGACAGUUCGCUGGUGUUCUUGGACGAGCCAACAUCAGGAAUGGACCCAUACAGUCGUCGAAGUACUUGGGAGAUCCUGUUGAACAACCGCAACGACCGUAUUAUGAUAUUGACGACGCAUUUCAUGGAUGAAGCUGAUAUUUUGGGUGACCGUAUUGCAAUCAUGGCAGAAGGUGAGCUGCGUUGCUGCGGUUCGUCGUUGUUUUUGAAGAACCGGUUCGGUGCAGGUUACAACUUGACCCUGGCAAAGGACGACGCGACCUGCAAUGAUAGCGAUGUAAUUGGCUUUGUGACGCGCCGAGUACCAACGGCACAGCUGCUGAGCAAUGUUGGCAGUGAGAUUGCGUUCCAGCUACCACUCGCGAGCUCAUCGAAAUUCGCAUCAAUGUUUGCAGAUGUGGACGACAACCUCCAGAAGCUUGGUUUGCUGUCAUAUGGUGUUUCGGUGACUACUUUGGAAGAAGUGUUCAUUAAGGUGGCCGAGUUAGGUGACCAUAGUAACCAACACACACUUGAAAAUCGUGCUCGCCUUGAAACACCUGUGCCAAGUUCGACUUCAGAAAAUGAGGCAGGUGCGAUUCCUGAGCCAACUGGCUCAAUUUUUAUGAUCCACCUCCGGGCUCUUGUUCUGAAGCGGUUCCGGUACGCAAAGCGUGACAAGAAGAUGAUCUUUUACAGUUUGGCUCUACCCAUCCUGUUGCUUUUGAUUGGUUUGGGUUUGCUUCAAGGAGCAAGCUUUACCAAGAAUGAUCCGAACCUGCCGUUGACCACCGAUGCGUUUGGCUAUGGGACUGAGGCUCCAACACCUUACUUUUGUCAGCCAGGUACAACCGAGGACCAGUGGUGUAGCGACACGAUGUCUGACUCCUACUUUACCGAUGUGUCGACUGAAGCGCUUACGUUGUCAGAACCAUCGUAUGACUCAACCUCACCGACCGUGUUUGACGUAAAGUAUACGAAUCCUGCAAUCAAUACUACCGGUGCCACGGGUUAUGGCUUACGCCUAGGUGAGGAGGUUUACAAACGUGGCUACGGCGUCGACACGCCCAGUGUUGAGGGCCAAUAUGGCGCCUACUUGGUGCAUGGAGACAGCAGCAACAAUCUCUUGGGCUACAACUUGUUUGUGAACACGACUUCUACACACGGGGCUAUUAUUUUCAAGGCACUGAUGGAUCAGACAAUCUAUCGCUUCUUCGCAUCCGAAUCCACCUCCGACGCCUCCAACGUCAAGUUGAUGGUCAACAACCAUCCGCUACCGCUGACUGCGGACACGAAAGCUUUAUUUGGGUCCUUCCUGGCGUUUACGGCAUGCCUGUUUAUCUGUAUUGCCUUUACCUAUUACCCGGCGUCUAUUGUGACGUUUCUGGUGAAGGAGAAACAGUCAAAUCACGACUCGAAGCACCAGCAAUUGGUGUCUGGCGUAUCGCUAGGAGCCUUCUGGCUAUCCAACUUCGUCUGGGACUUUGCGCUAUAUUUGAUCCCGUGCGCUUCAGCGAUUCUUAUGAUAUAUCUGUUCGGCAUUGAUUCCAUGACCGGUGGUCCGGCAUGCACCAGUUGUGCGCCAGAGACGUUUACAGCCGUGAUUGUCAUCUUCAUCUUGUUCGGACUGGCGAUCUGCCCGUUUACUUACUGCCUGUCAUAUCUGUUCAAGGAGCACGCUUCGUCUCAAACGUACACGAUUAUGAUUAACUUUAUCAUCGGUGUGGUGCUCAUGGUGCUCUCUUUCAUUCUGGAUGUGAUCGAGUCAACUAAGGACGCAAAUUCGGUGCUGGUGUUCGUUUGGCGUUUAUCGCCACUCUUUAAUCUUGGAUACGGGCUGCUGAAGUUGGUGCUUAAUGAGUUAACUACGAUCCGCGAAAGCAAUGAGGCCGUGACGAGUCCGUUCAGCACUGACAUUAUGGGCUGGGAGAUGAUCUUUCUGUUUUUUACAGCAAUCUUGUACGGACUCUUGGCUGUGGGAAUCGACUACGCUAUGACGUUUCCGAAGGUGAAGGACUGGAUGAGUGGCAGUGACAAAGUUCAAGACGAUGUUUUUGAGGAAGACGUCGAUGUAGAGAGGGAAGCGCAGCGUGUGACCAAUGGGGAAGCAGACAACGACACUGUGAAACUCGCAAGUCUUCGUAAGGUAUAUCGCGGCGGCAAGGUUGCGGUUCGUAACCUUUCCUUUGGUUUGAAACGUGGCGAGUGCUUUGGCUUUCUUGGAAUUAAUGGUGCUGGCAAGACGACGACCAUGAAAAUGCUAACGGGCUGUGAACUUCCCACACACGGCACUGCAACGCUUGGAGGUUUCGAUAUUUUAACCCAGCAGAUUGAAGUGCGUCGUCAGAUUGGAUACUGCCCACAAUUUGAUGCCUUAUAUGAUUUGCUAACAGUUCGCGAGCACCUGGAGUUGUUUGCAUCGAUCAAGGGUGUACGUCGGUCUCAGCUGAAUGAAAUUGUCGAGGACAAAAUCAAACAAUUGAACCUGGGAGACUUUGAGCAGAAGCUCGCUGGCAGUUUGAGUGGCGGCAACAAACGUAAAUUGUCGGUAGCCAUUGCGAUGAUCGGUGACCCACGAAUUAUAUUUCUAGAUGAGCCAUCGACCGGUAUGGAUCCUGUGUCGCGUCGCUUUAUGUGGGAUGUCAUUGCUGACAUUUCGACUCGCGGCAAGAACUCUACCAUUGUGCUUACAACGCACAGCAUGGAAGAGUCAGAGGCCCUGUGCUCUCGCGUGGGCAUCAUGGUUGGUGGUCGUCUCCGUUGUUUGGGCAGUGUGCAGCACUUGAAGUCUCGCUUUGGCGAUGGUCUUGUUUUCGACGUGAAGCUUGCGAAUCCUUUGCAAGACGAGUUGGAUAGUCUUGUGCAACGACAUUUCGGAGGUGCUCAUGAGACGGUCACCCGCGAGGAAUUAGAAAAUAAGUGUCGAGCAUUUGGAGACCAGAAGCUGGCCCAACGAGUCACAGCCUCACACCCGACGGGAUACGGACUCGCCGCCAUAUUGGAACGCGAUGGAUACAUUCGAGCGGAGGCAUUCCUGUCGUGGUGCUUGGAAGAAAUUCGUUUCGAUGCACUUUUCAAUUUUCUCAGCGAUUUCUUCCGCCAGGGCAGCGUGACGGUAAUGGAACGUCAAAACGACUUUUGCCGCUUCAAGCUGCGUGGCUCGGACGAUGAAUUGCGCUUAUCCAAAGUGUUUGCGAUGGUUGAAGACAUGAAAGAAGAAAUGCACAUUCGUGAGUAUAGCGUCUCGCAGACGUCGCUGGAGCAGAUUUUCAACUAUUUUGCUUCUCAGCAGGCUGAAGAAAAGGGCAUGGCUCGUGGUUUUCAAGGGGCUUGA